AGGAUUACCACAAGGAAAUCCAUACAGUCAACCUCCACCAGCAAAUGGACAUCAUGGAGAAGGAAUUGUAUUAACCCCAUCACAGGUAAAAGCUACUUCUGGAAGUAGAAUGAUUGGUAGCUGCCCUGUUAGACCUUUCAACACAGAACCACAGGCCAUUAACUAUUCACCAUACAUCAGUGGGCAUGAACCUCUCUCACAUACAGACUAUACUACCUAUGCUUAUAAUAAGCCAGGAGAUGAAACUCAAAAUUAUCUGUCAUAUGAUGCAGGUCAGCUUAUUAGUCCUGUCGGUCAGAUACCAACAGGAGGUUAUCAUCCGGGAUUUGGGCCAUAUGACAGAACUCCUCCAGGGCCUGCAAGGGGCCAUGAAACACACCUUUCAUCAAGUGGACAAGGACUUCCAGAUUACAGCUGUCAGGGCUACCCUGAACAACCUCCUUCUCCUCCAUCAGGAGCAUCAGAGUCACAUCCUCUGCAUUGUGCAGUGUCCCAGAGUCUUCAUCUAACUCAGUCAGAAUACAAUCACAGACCUUCAGGGUAUAAUGAGUUUAGUGGAUCUACACUUGUUCCACCUAGGGGAGGAUACCAAGACAGAUCUGGUAAAACUCCCUCUACAGCUCAACCUAUAGCAGAAAGAUUUGGUCCCUAUGGGUACUCAGGAACCCCAGGUUACAACUCUUGUGAGACAGCACCUUCACCUCAGGGGUACUUGGACAGAAGGCCUAGCUAUGAUGAUCAACUCCCUUCACAAGAUAUUACUACCCACCUUCCACAUUUUUAUUCUCCAGAAUCAAGGACUGUGUUCCAAGAAAGUGGAGGUAAAGGUCUUCUACCUGAAACACAACAUCCACCACCUCCACCAUGUCAACUUCCAGUAGAGUUUGAACCUGAAGAUGUACGAUGGAGAGAUCCAGAUCUUCAUGAAGUUAUAGAAUUUUUGGGUCACCCAAACAAUGUGAUACGAGCGAAUGCUGCAGGUUACCUUCAGCAUCUGUGCUAUAAUGAUGAUCAUAUGAAGCAGAAAACUAGGGCCUUAGGUGGCAUGCCACUAUUGAUAGAAUUGCUCAACCAGGACAUCCCUGAAAUCCAGCGGAAUGCCUGUGGUACUCUUCGAAAUCUCUCUUAUGGUAGACAGAAUGAUGAAAACAAGAGGGCUAUUAAGAAUGCAGGAGGGAUCCCAGUGUUAAUAAGAUUACUCCAGAAGACACCAGAUAAUGAAAUCAAAGAGUUAGUAACAGGGAUCUUAUGGAACUUAUCAUCUUCAGAGGAACUCAAGCAUUCUAUUAUUGAUGAUGGUUUGUCAGUCAUAGUCAAUCAUGUAAUUAUUCCACACUCUGGAUGGAAUUGCCACACAGACCCAAACGGGCAGCCAAGAGUCCAGGAAAUCUGGUGGUCCACUGUGUUUCGGAAUGCUAGUGGAAUCCUGAGAAAUGUCAGCUCUGCUGGUGAAUACUCCAGGAGAAAGUUGAGAGAAUGUGAAGGUCUUGUGGAAGCAUUGCUCUUUCUUGUUAAAGCUGCCAUUGGAAAGAAUGACAUGGACAAUAAAAGUGUAGAAAACUGUGUCUGUGUGUUGAGAAACUUGUCAUUUCGCUGCCAAGAGGUUGAAGAUCCAGAAUAUGAUAAACGAAUUUUACAGCAUUGUCAUUCUCGUACUGGGCCCAUGAAAGUGGGGGACAGCUUAGGCUGCUUUGGCACAACAAAGAAGAAAAAAGACAAUGAAAGUUCAGAAAAACAAAGGAAAGAUGCUCCACUCUCCUCAACUCCAAGACAAAGGACUGGUCCAAUCCAAGGAAUGAAGUUGUUAUGGCAGCCUGAAGUUGUGCAACCAUAUCUAGCUUUGCUCUCAGAGUGCUCAAACCCCGAAACACUGGAAGCAGCAGCAGGAUCCAUUCAAAAUCUUGCUGCCUGUUACUGGCAGCCUAGUUUAGAUAUCCGAGCUGCGGUGAGAAAAGAAAAGGGUCUCCCAGUGCUGGUAGAACUGCUCAGAAUGGAUGUUGACAGAGUUGUAUGUGCAGUGGCUACUGCUUUAAGGAAUCUUUCAAUGGACCAGAGAAACAAAGAACUCAUUGGGAAGUAUGCUAUGCGGGACUUGGUACAGAAGCUUCCUAGUAGUGAUCCUCUGCAGGAGAGAGGGGGCUCCUCAGAUGAGACUAUAGCAGCUGUUCUGGCUACCUUAAAUGAAGUCAUUAUUAAGAACAGUGAUUUUGCUAGAUCUUUGCUUGAAGCUGGUGGGGUGGAUAGGUUAACAUAUAUAGCCAAACAGAAAGGCAGAUUUUCAACACGAGUGGUGAAGUUUACAGCACAGUUAUUACACAACAUGUGGCAGCAUCAAGACCUUCGAGAACUUUGUAAGAAAGCUGGUUGGAAAGAAUCUCAUUUUAUCACACGCACAAUGGUGGCUCGAAGUACUGCUUCUACUCCCACUAGUGCCAACAGUACACUCCAUCGACCAAUCAGCACACAGGGUGCAACAAAGUAUGAAGACAGAACACUACCUCAUAGAGGCCCUGAUCCAAACUCUUCCAUUGGAGAUGGUGUGCCACGUAGUCGGUCAGAAGAACUGCCCUUAAAUGAUGUCCGGGAAGACAUUGAGCCACCACCUCACCGACCACCAGUAGGGGGAGUGUUAAUUUUUCCACCUGUACCAACAUUGACAGGUCUCACAACCCUUGGAAAAACAAUCUUACGAUCUACAUUCAAGGGACAGCCACCAACAGGUUAACCCACCAGUCCACAGGAUUCAACAAGAAGACUCGUGGGUGUGAAGUUUCAUCCAUACUGGUGAUGUACAUUACAGACUUCACAGAUGUGUACUCGCUGAAGAUCUGGUAUCCUGGUGUAUGUAAGUUUCUCUAACCCCGAAGAGUGGUUAGAAGAUAUUGCUAUCUCAGAGAAACAAAUGUUUGUGAGACCUUUGUGCCAAUAAAGUUUUUACCUUUUGUUUUAGCUGUUCUUUUAAACUCUAACACAUUUUUAUUUGAAAGAAGAUCAGUUUUUGGAUGACUCAGUUGAGCUCUAAAGGCUUUCAUUUACAUGACAGGACUAUGACUCUACUAGGAAACUUUGUUAUCUAAGUUGAACCUGUGUUAACCCUAUUUUUGCAUAUACAGCACUUCAAUUAAAAUUGGAACUUUAUGUGUACUGAGCUAAAGGGUUAACAUAGCAGUCAUUAAUUAAGGCACUUUUUAACAAAGACAUAACGAAAACAUGUUUUUUAUUAAACUGUUUUGGUUAGCUGAGUUAAGCACUACAUACUUUAAACUGUAAGAUGAAAUAUGAUUUUACUAAAAAACAUUUUUUGGUUAGGGAAAAACGAGUUCUAAAGGCUUUAUAUUGCAUGGAAAAACCAUAAUUUUCUAGGAAAUGCUGCAGUGUGUAAAAGAAACUGAAGAUAAACUAUGAUAGUAUUUAAUUUUGUCUUCAGUAAUAAGAGUUUCUUUACUUAAGUUAUUUUGUCCGUGCUAUAAACUUAUCAUUUUAUGAAAAAAAAAGAAAAAGCAAGCUUAUAAAUGUUAAAUGUAAUGACAGGCUAGUCAAUGAUUAUUGUCAAGCAUGAUUUUGUAUUUUUUGUUUUUAUGCUUUUAGCAUUUAAAAUUACAUUCUUAUUAAAAUGUUGCUUAAUUAGUAUUUUUUUUUUACAUUCCAUAAUUUAAAUUGACUGUUAUACAUUUGUCAGCUGUUAGGCUUGUUGUGUGAAUAUUUUCCAUGUAAUUGCUGUUAACAUAGCAUAAGAUGUGCACCUUUUCACAUUUUAUUAUAUUAAAGCUGCUUUCUGUUUUUGUUAUAACUUGUAUUUGUACAAAGCUAAAGUUAAUUAAAUGUAAACAUGUAAGUAGUGACUAUCAAUAAAAUACCUAAAGAUCUCAGGUCCUCAGUCAA